GGUUGCUCGUGAAGAGGAGCACAGCAGAUGUGGAUAUUCACAUUUGAGGCUGGUGUGUUGAUAUUUCAGCGACUUCUUCUUCGCGAAGUAAAACAAGGCUACAGGUGCGACUCAAAAGGUGAAUCAAAAUGGCCCAGGGGAUACAGGAAGAUGUGAUGCUGAAUACAGCCCUGAUAAAAGAGUUGGCGGAUGUGGCGAAAGAUGAGGCACUUCUUCAGGGCGUGCUGAUGAGGAUCAAAGAGACCCCGAACUCCUCAGAGCUGGCGACCUAUGCUCCAUUUACGCUCUUCCCUACACCUGUGCCGAAGGCUGUGUUCCUCCAGGCUCUGGCUGUUCAAACUCACUACAACACACUGGUAGACAAGAUCAGCCAGGAUCCAGACUUUCUGCAGGAAUCUCUAGCUAGCACGGUUGCAGUGGAUGAUUUCACUGCCAGGUUGUUUAGGAUCCACCAGCAAAUUCUAAAAGAAGGACGGUCUCAGACUAUUGUUUUGGGUAUCAAUCGGUCAGACUACAUGCUGGACCAGAGAGAGGAUGGGUCGUCAUCUUUAAAGCAGAUAGAAAUCAACACCUUUGCUGCCAGUUUUGGAGGUCUCUCUUCACAUACGCCAGACGUACACAGACAUAUUCUUAAGAUAGCUGGCAGACUGGAGGAGAGCCAGCGCAUCCUGGACAACAACCCUGCAGCUGGUCUGGCCAGAGCUGUCGCCAAAGCCUGGGAGCUGUACGGAUCAGAAAAAGCGGUCGUCAUGUUCUUGGUGGAAGAAAGCCAAAGAAACAUCUUUGAUCAGCGAUACAUUGAGAGCGAGCUGUGGAAGAGAAACAUUCCCACAAAAAGAAAGCGGUUCGAUGAUGUCUUUAAAACUGGUUCCCUUGAUCAAGACAAGAGGCUGUUUGUUGAAGGUGAAGAGGUUGCGGUGGUGUACUUCAGGAACGGCUACAUGCCUCAGAACUACACAUCUGAACAGGACUGGGAUGCUCGACUUCUGAUGGAGCGCUCCCGGGCUGUGAAGUGUCCAGAUAUCAGCACUCACCUGGCUGGAACCAAGAAGGUCCAGCAGGUCCUCGCCAGACCUGGAGUUCUGGAGAAGUUCUUCCCCGACCAGCCACAAGUAGUGGAGCAGAUCAGAGCAACGUUCGCUGGCCUUUACACUCUCGACUUGGGACCAGAGGGUGACAAAACUGUAGCACUGGCUUUGGCAGCUCCAGACCGAUUCGUGCUGAAACCUCAGCGAGAGGGAGGAGGUAACAACAUCUAUGGAUCAGAGAUCUGUCGGGUCCUGGAGGGAGCGAAGACGAGUACGGAGAGGACGGCCUAUAUUCUGAUGGAUAAGAUCAACCCCACAGCGUCACAGAACUACCUGCUGAGACGGGACGCUCCUUUAAUAAUCAGCAACUGUCUCAGUGAACUGGGAGCGUUCGGAGUAUAUGUCAGGCAAGGUACUGACAUGGUGAUGAACGAGUGUGUGGGUCAUCUGCUGAGGACCAAGAGUUCAGAAUACUCCGACGGAGGAGUAGCAGCAGGAGUGGCUGUGCUGGACAAUCCUCUCCUCGUCUGAGAGGUUUCAACUUCUACCUGUUCGGUUUCGACUGCGAUAAAGAACAUCCCUGUAAUCAAUGUGACCCUCACAAGGCACACUCCUACUUUUGACUGCUACUGUAUGAAAAUGACGCCAAACAGAUUUGUGUUCAACUGACAGUUUAGACCCGGUUGUUUGUUAGAUGAUGCAGUAGAAACUGUAUCUGCAACGUGAGGAGGGGGUGUCCAGAGAGGUUUACGAGGACCAUGUCUGUAAACGGUUUUUGAUAUCAUGAUGUUUCAGUUCAAGUGUAGUCCUGCUCUAAAAUACCGCUCAAGAGAUUAACUGAUAGAAUAAUGAAACACAGUCAGGUUAAACAUUAGUUUAAAAUAAACACAAGAUACUUGUGCCCUAAAGUGAAAUAUAGUCAAUAGUUCACUUUAAGUAAAAAAACAUCAUUGUCACUUUUUUCCUGCAAAAAAAGAAAAAAUGUGUAUGUAGUUUGCAUUGACAGCAGCCUGACAGUGCUGACAGUCCUGACAGCAGCAUUGACUGGCAUCUUGUUCAGGUUGGCUUUUGCUGCCCUCUUGUGGCUAAAUAAUGUCACUACAGCAUGUAACGUUUGGUGGACAGGAACAGUCGAGGCUCACUUUAUUACUGACACUACAGUGUAACACAUGCAGCCUCCACACUGUUUUUGACUUUCUGUGAUAGGACAAUUGGAUUUGACCAGGCUCUUUAUUUGUGUUUUUUCAAGUACGCAGUUAAAUAGUUGCUUCAGUUUCAUCAGCAGUUUUAUGAUGUAAAACUCUUCACAGAAACAGUUAUUAUAGUGGUAUAAACUAGAACGUUUCUUGAAUGUUUUAAAGAAAACGCAAAAAAACAAAUCAAGUGUCCUUAGACAGUUGUUUUUUUCUGUCCACAUAUGAUCAUAUGAUGAUAAAUGAUCAUUGUUGAAUUUUACUUCAUUUGAGGCCAAAAACCUUUUCCAUGUAAAAAUUUGUUUAAAUUUGACUGUUUAAAAAAAUCUAUUUUGAUGCUAAUAAAACAUCUUGAAUAAUCCAUAUAGACAUACGUAGAUGCAGGUUCAGGUGACUCCAGACUUUUGAAACAUCGUGCACAAACAGAUACUGUGACAUUUUGCUGUGAUUUAUUAACACAUGACUUCUUUACCAUAAACCUAUUUUCAAAUCACUCCUGAGAUUUUCAUGAGAAUCUUAUAAUAUAAAAAGAUAAAAAACAUGACAACUUUGAUCUUUUAUUUUUACAGCAUCUCUUACAAGAAAUAAAGUUUAAAGUGUUUUUUUUAAGGUAAAAGAACUGAACAGCUAAUCGCCAUUUUAAGUAGAUUUUUUAGUUUCAUUAGAUAUUUUAGGGUUACAUUAAGGCUUGAAACUAAUUGUUUCACUACAUACACUGAUCCAUUUUCAGGAUUUAUACUUAAUAGAGCUCGAUGUUUAUUUAGAAUCUUAAUAUAUGAUGAAGAUGAAUAAAGAACCAAACGUCACUGGACCAAAAAAAUAUAACUGACCAUGUAAAAUCAGAAUCAGAAAAUAAAGUCUGUCUUUAAAGCUGUG